AUGACUGUAGCACAAUACGAGAAUCGGUUUAUAGAAUUGUCACAUUACGCUUCCGAGAUGAUCGCCAACGAGGCGAUUAAGAUGAGGCGAUUUUCAGUGGCGUUGAGGAACGACAUCCACUCCAAGAUGUGUUGUGCCAACAUCAGAAUAUAUGCCAAGCUCGUCGAGAUAUCGAUAUGGGCGGAGCAGGAUGAGGAGCGUGCCGCACAGAACCGUUCACAGCUAGGGCCACGAAACAGGAUGGAGGGACCGUCCUCUUCUUUUUUUGGAAAAAGGUCGCGCCCUAACUCUCUGCCCCGACAAGCCGCCACAUCGGCCCCUUCUGCACGACCGGCCCAGAUGUGUAGCUACUGUAAGAGGGUGGGUCACUCUGAACCUUACUAUUUUACUAGAAUGAGGGAUCUUGGCUUCACGCCACUGCAACGCAACACCAGGCCCCCACAGCAGGCCUUACAGCGGCCGAACUUCCCACAGCAAGCAUGGGUGCAUGCCCUAGCGGCCAAUGGCCAAGAUGCAGUUAUUCCCAAUCCUACGGCCUUCGAGGUGAAGGCCCAUGUUCAAGGUACUCCCAUAUUUCUGCUAGUGGAUACUAGAGCUACUGUUUCCGUCGUAUUGCAUGCAACCGUCAAGCGCUUAGGGCUAUACCUCACUCCUAUCAUAGGGAAAAGAAUCAUUGCUGUCGUCGGAACUAUUUCUGAAGCGACAAGAAUGUGUUGUGAUUGCCCCAUAGACUUGGGGGGCAAGGUGGUACUCGUCGAUCUGAUCGCAACUAAGAUUUUCCAUUACGAUGUCAUCCUGGGUAUGGACUGGUUGACACCGAUGAAGGCGAAAAUUGAUUGUGAAACAAGGACAGUGAAAAUAUACGAGGGCGAUGAAGUCCCUUUCACGUUCCCAUUCCAAGUCAGCCACCAAGAAAGAAUUUUGUGUUAUGCUUCAUUGGAGGAGGGUUAUGAUGGACCCUUGAUAACGGACACACCCGUGGUCCAAGAUUUUUGGGACGUGUUUAAGACCAUAACCGGACUUCCCCCUCAAUGUGAGAUAGACUUCACGAUUGAUCUGGUUCCAGGUGCGAAGCCCAUCUCCUUGCCUACUUACCGUAUGCCCCCAUAUGAGAUAGAAGAACUGCGGACUCAAAUCGACAAUUUGCUAGAGUCAGGCUUCAUCCGACCCAGUGUAUCGCCAUGGGGAGCCUCGGUCCUAUUUGCAAAGAAGAAGGAUGGCUCUCUACGACUAUGUGUGGAUUACAGAAGACUGAACCAAGUGACGAUUCGGAACAAAUACCCAUUGCCCAAAAUCGACGAUUUAUUCGACCAGCUGAGGGGUGCUCAAUAUGUCUUAAAGAUCGAUCUAUAA